AUGGGCAAUAUAACUUCAAAAGAUUCUCUCAAUUUUCAAAGACACCAUGUUUACAGUGCUAACGAUUACACUGCUUCUAAUAUUCCGAAUUCCUCAAAUAUUAGUAUAUCAAAUGAAUUAUCAUUGGAAAAUGGUAAUUUAACAUUUAAUUUUUUUGUAAAUUACCUAAUUUUACUUUUGCCACUUAUAUCAAUUUUAUUAACUAUUCCUAUCGCAAAAUAUCUUUACAAUAACACUCCAGUUGGAACAUGUUAUAAUAAAACUUGUAACUACGUUAGCGGUGAUACAAACAAAAAUGAAGGCCAUUUUGCAAAUACAAAUAUUGAAAGUCCUAAAGUGAUUACAGAAAAUAAAACAUAUACUGAACAUAGCAGCACUACUCAAAGAGAUACUAGAACGGGUAAGACGAAAAAUACAGAAAGAUUUUGCAUACCAUUCAGUAGCACAUUGUUACCUAAGAAAAAGGGAAAUAUACACAAUGAGAAAAAGACCGUAAGUCUUACGAAGAGAAAUUCUUAA